GUCUCAGUUCUCAUGUGGUUAGAGAGCGCCACCUAAUGAUAGCUUAACGAAGGGCAGGACUUUUUAUGUAGAAUAGAAAUAAAUAUUGAAACGCGAGCGAAAGUUGGUUAUCAAUAGUUCACGUAAAUUCUUUUUACAUGGAAUUCAUGUAGAUAAAUUCUACAUAUUAGGAGGCAGAUUACGACUUUAGUAGAUGCUACAGCCUGGCAUCAGUGGACGGUAUUGUGAUGGAAGCUCCUGAAGACAUGGAAGUUGUGGUUGUAGACCCUCCCCCAUAUCAUAACCCAGACCACACCCUCAAGGCAUUUGAACUUCUGAAUCAGUUCAGAAAACAGAAUAUGCUGUGUGAUGUCAUCCUGGUUGCCGAGGGAAUUGAGGUACCUGCUCACCGUGUCAUCCUUGCAGCGUGCAGUCCAUAUUUCUCGGCAAUGUUUAAUGGAGAGCUGUCUGAGAGUCGAGCUCAGAAGAUAACACUUCAGGAAGUUGAUGCGAAAGCAUUGUCAUUACUUCUUGAUUUUGUUUAUACAUCAGAGGUUCAAGUGACAGAGGAUAAUGUCCAGACACUAUUACCUGCGGCUAGUCUGCUCCAAUUAAAUGAUGUACGUGAUGCUUGCUGCGAUUUUCUUCAACGUCAACUCCAUCCGACAAACUGUCUAGGGAUACGUGCCUUUGCAGAUAUCCACUCAUGCAGCAAUCUAUUUGCACAUGCUCAGGGCUACACUUUACAACAUUUCAAUGAUGUGGUUGCCACGGACGAAUUUAAUAAUUUAUCAGCUGAGCAGGUGUCCGACUUGAUCAAGCGUGACCACCUUACUGUUUCGUCUGAAGAAGAGGUGUUUGAAAGUGCAGUUGCGUGGGUGAAACAUGAUCCGGUAAACCGGCAGGACUACAUGCCCCAGCUUAUUGAGAAUGUCCGGCUACCUCUACUCUCCCGCGAGUUCCUUGUGCAACGUGUUGAGAUGGAGCCGCUCAUCAAGUCCAGUAGCAUGUGUAAGGACUUUUUAAUUGAAGCGAUGAAGUAUCAUCUACUUGGAAAAGAACAGAGGACGUUGAUGAAAAACCCACGAACAAGGCCUAGAACACCCAUAGGACUCCCGAAGUUGAUGUAUGUUGUCGGAGGUCAAGCACCCAAAGCCAUCAGGAAUGUGGAAGUGUACGACUUCAAGGAUAAGCGAUGGUCAGCAGCGGCUGAGAUGCCCAAUAGGAGAUGCAGAGCAGGAGUGGCUGUAGUUUCCUCACAUAUUUAUGCAGUAGGAGGUUUCAAUGGUUCCCUGCGUGUACGGACUGUGGACUGUUACGAUGCUGUACACGAUGUGUGGUCAACUGUUGCAUCGAUGGAGGCACGUCGCAGUACCCUGGGCGUAGCAGUUCUCAAUGGUUUGAUUUAUGCUGUUGGUGGAUUUGAUGGGACUACAGGUCUGAGUAGUGUUGAAGUUUACGAUCCAAAGAGUAACGAAUGGAAAGCAGUUGCGUCGAUGACAACGCGGCGCAGUAGUGUAGGAGUUGCUGUUUUAAAUGGUCACCUGUAUGCUGUGGGUGGGUAUGAUGGGGCUUCUAGGCAUUGCUUGAGUUCUGUAGAAUGUUAUGAUCCUGCCAAAGAUGAAUGGACAGCAGUCAGCGACAUGACAACAAGGCGGAGUGGUGCAGGUGUGGGGGUCGUUGAUGGAAUGUUGUACGCCGUUGGUGGCCAUGAUGGACCACUGGUCCGUAAGAGUGUUGAGCUCUACAACCCUGAGAUGAACGAAUGGACAAAAGGCUCAGAUAUGACUCUAUGCAGGAGGAAUGCUGGUGUGGCAGCUGUAAAUGGACUGUUGUAUGUCGUCGGUGGUGAUGACGGCUCUUCAAAUUUAGCGUCAGUUGAAUGUUACAAUCCCCGCGUAGAUCAGUGGGUACUCCUGGAGUCCUGUAUGUCCACAGGACGAAGCUACGCAGGAGUCGCAAUCAUUGACAAGUCGCAGAGGUGACGCCAGGAUGAGGGCGCUGUAUCUGGAACUACAGAAGAAGCGCUCCAACAAACCACACGGAAUUUUACCAUACAAUGGACUGGAAAUUCCAAAUAAUGUCUUAACAGUUUGCUGAUUGUUUUGUCUUCAAUGUUGAUGAUCUUGAUGACUUUUAAAAGUCAAUCAUAUAUGAAACUUACUUAAAGCAUUCUGGAAUAGAUGCUGUAUAGCAAAUGUAUGAAUAUACACUUUCUGGGAGUGUUGCUAAGGAGAGAUGUAAAUAUACAGAUUCAGGGACUAUUGAGAACAGAAGCAUUGAGCAAAAUAUUUAUCCUGAUAGGAAUGAUGCUGUGAGGGAGGUUGUGUGUACACUAUCAAGAUUUAUGUGGCACAUAUGUGUGAAAUGCCC